AGUCAGACACACUAUUUUGUACUACAAUUUUAUCCAUAAUUCAGUCCACACAAAAAGAAAGAUGAAUUACUCCUCUUUCAUUUUUCUUCUCUUAAUAUUCCAACAUGUUUGUGCAAAUAAAAUCAUAGUAAAUAAUGGCUUGGAAGAAGAGGUGAAGAGAUCAGAGUUUCCAAAUGGUUUUCUUUUUGGAACUGCAUCUUCUGCCUAUCAAAUUGAAGGAGCAUAUAAUGAAGAUGGCAAAAGUCUUAGCAAUUGGGAUGUUUUCUCUCAUAUUAAUGGUAGCAUAAGAAAUGGAGCAAAUGGAGACAUAGCUAAUGACCAUUAUCAUCGUUACCUGGAAGACAUUGAUAUAAUGGCCUCACUUGGAGUAAAUGCCUAUCGAUUUUCUAUUUCCUGGAGUAGAAUUCUACCUAGAGGAAAAUCAGGACAAGUUAAUUCUGCCGGAAUUAAGUUUUACCAUAAUAUCAUUGACAAUCUCUUACUCAAAGGAAUAACACCAUUUGUGACUAUCCAUCAUAGUGACUAUCCUCAAGAAUUUGAGGACAGAUUUGGGGCCUGGCUCAGUCCUCUAAUGCAGGAAGAGUUUGUGCACUUUGCUGAGGUAUGUUUCAAGAGUUUUGGGAAUAGAGUGAAGUAUUGGGCUACUAUAAAUGAGCCCAAAUUACUUGCAGAACUGAGCUAUACGAAUGGAUUAUAUCCUCCACUUCAUUGUUCUCCACCAUUUGGGAAUUGUUCAUCUGGUAAUUCAGAUAUUGAGCCUAUACUUAUUGUACACAACUCAAUAUUGGCUCAUGCCAAGGCUGUCAAAAUUUAUCGUGAUCAUUUUCAGGUGGAACAAGGUGGGAUGAUAGGAAUGGUGGAAAGUGCUUACAUGUAUAAGCCAAUGACUAAUAGUGAGGCUGACAAAAAAGCUGCCACUAGAGCUUUGGCUAUUCAUUUGACUUGGGUUCUUGAUCCUCUAGUACAUGGAGAUUAUCCAAUAGAAUUGCAACAUUAUCUUGGAAAAAAUUUACCAAGAUUCAGCUCUGAAGAAAAAUUACUUAUAACAAACAGCACAGAUUUCAUAGGACUUAAUCAUUAUUCAACUUUGUUGGUCAAGGAUUGUCUUCAUUCAAAUUGUACAUGCAUACAUGACAAUAAUCCUACGUGCACUCGUGGUGAAAAUCGUGCAAUAUCAGGAUUUUUGCUAACUACUGGACAGAAUAAAAAUGGUGUCUUCAUAGGAGAAGAGAUGGGAAUACCUGGACUGUAUGUUUUUCCGCCAGGCAUGGAAGAGCUUGUUGAUUAUGUUAAGAAGAGAUACAAUAACAUACCUAUAUAUGUGACUGAAAAUGGGUAUGGAUCAGAGGAGUAUCAAGAUGGAGGAUAUGACAUGGACCAAGAUAUGAAACGAAUUAAAUAUCACAAAACAUACUUAGCAUCUUUGGCUCGAUCAAUUAGGAAUGGUGCUGAUGUGCGUGGCUAUUUUGUAUGGAGUUUGUUGGAUAAUUUUGAGUGGAGAUUUGGGUACACUGUCAAAUUUGGGCUUUAUUAUGUUGAUCCAAUUUCUAUGGAUCGAAGCCCAAAAAAAUCGGCCCACUGGUUUGGAGAUUUCCUCACUAACACUACCCUCAACAAUAUUCAAGCGAAGAGCUCAAUAUAAAACAUGAUUAGCUCCCCCUAAAUAUGUGUGUGAUUUGAGGGUCGUUAGUAGCGCAUUAAUUCGAACGUAAGGUAAUUCGAAAUUCUUCUAGAUGGAUUUGACUGUAAUAAAUGUCGUUAGACAAAAUUUCGGUAUUCAAGUUGAUCUUUGAAAGAGCUUCGUUGAUCUUAUUGACUUUGCAAAAAAUAAGAUUUGAUGUCAUGAUUUAUUUA